UUAUUUUUGUUACCUAAAUGAAAUAUAACACAAAUUAAAAACCCAAUGAAUCCUCUAAUUACUAAAAAGAAAGGAAAAGGCUGAGGAUCUGGCAACCGCUCAAAUAUGAAGGGGUCAGCCUUAAAAUAAUAUUUCAUUUAUUUCAGAUGCAAAGGAAGACCUGCAGAAGUUCAAUUUUUCAAGUAAAGGAAAUAGCUCAAAACGAAAAUCAAAGAAAAAUUUAGAUAUGACUAACACAUAUCAAAUCAUAAAAAUGAACAGGAGCCAACUGCUUGAUAAGAUCGAACAAAAUACAUCUUAUCAGGCAAUGGAGUUUGAUAACUAUUCAAUGUUCCAAAAACCUAAACCUACUCAGGAAUACAAAACUCAUGAUGGGAGAAAAGUUAAUGAGCAAAGGAGUCUCAAACGCUUAAAACAGAACAGCAUGAGAGAAUUUACCAACACUCUUACUCGAGUAAAAUCUAAGCAGCUAACUCAGAGAAGUAAAGCCCAGCCUAGGCACUCUUCUAGUAAUCAAAAUUUGACAAAAAUGAAUCGUACUCACACAAAAGUCUUCCUAGAUAAUCAUAUAAUUAGUCCUUCCUCCAAAAGAAGAAACAAGAAAACAAUCCAGAAAUCUCAGGGUCACCUAAAGAAGAGAUAUGCUCCCAUGCAGGUCAAGAAGAAUAAAGAAAAUAGUUUAGAAUUUUACCCUGCAGUUUCCAAGACUAAUGCUAAUUCUAAGUAAUAAAAUUAGGGUGGAUUAUAAGAAAGCCCUUCAAGAAUUAAAGAACCAGGCUAGACGAAAUAACUCAAAGUCAACAGAUAGGAAACCUAAAGUUAAAGUCACCUCGAAGAUGGUAAAACAACCUCGUAAUAAAUCUCCAGAAGAGAGAAACCAAAUCAAUAAAAACAACUUAAAAGCAUUUAACAAUUGGAAUAUUGUUAAUAAAAAUUUGCCUGAUGUAAAACAUCCAAAUCUUGACGUUAACACAACAAGCUCUAUUCUCAAGAUGAUAAAGGGGCUGCAAAGAGGUAUUGCAAAGCAAAGUAUUCACUGCAGAGCAAGGACUUCUGAGAUUGGAAGUAAGAACAUCAAGAAGAAUCAACGAAAAUGAGACCCUAGAGCGCCAGAUGAACAGAGAAUAGACAGAAAUACUGGCACACCUCGAAAGUCUUCAUGAAGGUCUCAAAAGAGGUCUUACGGAAGAAAAUAAUUUAAAUAUAAUUAAGCAAUUAAAAAUGAG